AUGUUAGGGGAGCCUGUAUUGGUGAAUGGAAAUGACAUUACAAAUAUAGAAAAUGAAGAUCCAAUGCAAAUAAUGAUAAAUAAUGCAUUUGGAUUAUUUGGCACAUGUACCAAUGAAAAGUCAUUUACAUCAUCAUUUGAACAUAGAGAUGAGGUUGAAGGAGACAUAUUGGAAUCACAACAUGGAGGAAAUAUUAUGCCUAAAGAUUUGUUUGAUUUACUUAAAGAUGGGGACCAACCACUCUAUGAUGGAUGCACAAAGUAUUCAAAGUUAUCUUUCUUGGUGAAAUUAUAUCACAUUAAAGUUUUGUGUCAAAUUAGCAACAAAGCAAUGGACAUGAUCCUUAAGUUGUUGCAUGAUUCUUUUAAACAUGCAAACAUCCCGUCAUCUAAUUAUGAUGCAAAGAAGCUCCUCAACAAGCUUGGCCUUCAUUAUACUAAAAUUCAUGCUUGUCUUAACGAUUGUAUGUUAUAUUGGGGAGAAGAUGAAGAUAAAGAGGAAUGCAAAACAUGUAAGAGUUCAAGAUGGAAGAAAAAGGGUCAUGAAACUACUAGUGAACACAAUUUGAUAAAUGAGAAGCAACACAAAAAAUUGUCAGCAAAAGUUUUACGGUACUUUCCGUUGAUCCCACGGUUGAAAAGGAUGUUUAUGUCUUCAAAGACAUCCAAGAGUAUGGUUUGGCACGCUGAGAAUAAUACCAAUGAUGGAUUGAUGAGGCACCCCAAAGAUUCACAGGCUUGGAAGACUUUUGAUCUAAAAUAUCCUGAUUUUGCUUCGGAUCCUCAAAAUGUACGAUUGGCCUUAACAAGUGAUGGUUUUAAUCCCUUUGGAUCCUUGAGCAAUAGUUAUAGUAUUUGGCCAUUGGUUCUCAUUCCAUACAACACUCCUCCAUGGAUGUGUAUGAAACAAACAAACUUUAUUCUCUCAAGCAUAAUUCCUGGAAAGCGAAUGCUAGGUAAUGACAUUGAUGUUUACAUGCAACCCCUUAUAACAGAGUUGAAAGAGUUAUGGGAAAAAGGAUGGAAUACUUAUACCGGCUUAGCUUGUCUAUCUUGCAAUUUUGAUGCAACUUCACUUCGUCUUCCAUUUAGUAAUAAAUGGUGUUUUGUGGGUCAUCGACGAUUUUUGUCUGGAGGACACAAAUUUCGAUUGAACCGAGUCCAAUUUAAUGGAAACAUUGAGGAUAGGGAUCCACCAAAACAAUUAUCUGGCUCAGAAAUUUUGGAACAAGUCAAGAAUAUUAACAUCACAUUUGGGAAGAAACCAAAAUCAUUAGAUAAACGAAAGAGAAAUUGUGGAAAAAGAACCACUACAUAUCAAACGCAACAAUGGAAGAAGAAAAGCAUAUUCUUUGAACUUCCAUAUUGGGAGUUUAAUUUGUUGCGACACAACUUGGAUGUGAUGCAUAUUGAAAAGAAUGUAUGUGACAAUAUAAUUUUCACAUUGGUAAAUGACAAAGACAAAAGAAAAGAUCAUGUUGAGGCUCGAAAAGACUUGCAAGCAAUGGGUAUAAGAAGAGAACUUUGGCCACAAAAUGAUGGGAAAAAGUUUCCCGCAGCUUUGUUUACACUACAAAAAGAAGAGAUAGACAUUUUGUUGUACACCUUGAAAAAUGUUAAGGUGCCAGAUGGAUAUUCAAGCAACAUUUCAAGAUGUGUUGAUAUAGAUCAAAGAAAGAUUUUUUAUAUCAACUAA